AUGGAAUCCUGUCGCAAUCUCUCCUCAUACCUCGUCACGCCAAAGGAGCUCUCCGAGGCGAUGAAGAAGAGCCCGCCGAAUCCUGUCAGCCCCGAACCUCGAGUCGUACCUCUUUGCGCCUCGUGGUUCCUUCCCAAUGAUGAGCGCAAAGGCAUUGAAGUGUUCCGCGAGCAGCGCAUUCCCAAGGCAAAGUUCUUCGAUCUUGAUAAGGUCAAGGACAAGCAUAGUCCAUACCCGCACAUGCUGCCGAGCGCAAAGGAGUUUGCUGCUGCUAUGAGCGAACUUGGCAUCAGAAAGGAUGACACAGUUGUGGUCUACGACUCAAAGGAGGUGGGCAUAUUCAGUGCACCGAGAGUCGGCUGGACAUUGAGAGUCUUUGGACAUCCCAAAGUCCAUUUACUCAACAACUUCAAGUUAUGGGUGGAAGAGGGCUACCCAACCGAGUCAGGCGAGCUCUACAGCGUGGAGUGCAGCACAUACCCGAUCCCGAAGACAGAUCUAGAGGACAAGGUCGCAAGCUACGAGGAGGUCAGGGACGUUGCUCUGGAUUACAAGAAGGAGGGUGCAGAAGGUGUACAGAUACUGGAUGCAAGACCUGCAGGCAGGUUUGCAGGCACAGCACCUGAGCCCAGGGAAGGCCUGUCGUCAGGUCAUAUGCCUGGUGCUAUCAACAUUGCCUUCAACGAAGUCCUGGAUCCCAAGACCAAAGCUUUCUUGUCGAAGGAUGAGCUGAGGAAACUGUUUGAGAAGAAGGGCGUGGAUCCUACCAAGCCUAUCAUCUCUAGUUGUGGAACGGGUGUGACAGCUGUCGUCAUCGAGACGGCGCUUGAAGAGGCAGGAUUUGGAACCCCAGAAACCCGAAAGGUUUAUGAUGGCAGCUGGACCGAGUGGGCACAGCGAGUUAAGCCAUCAGAUAAUCUCAUCCACAAGGAUGAAUAA